AUGAGGCAAGAGAAUGGAAUACAAGCUGGUCACAAUGGAGAAAGUACGGUAAAGUUAAAAAUUAGUGCUCAGACUGAGCACUCAGAUGUGGACGAUACCUACUCUGCCACAAGAUCAUCGCAAUUAGAAAUCAGCAGAGUGCGGAAGGAUAUGUACAAUGACACGUUAAAUGGAAGUACAGAGAAGAAAAGUGCAGAAUUACCAGAUGGUGUAGGACCUAUUGUACAGUUACAAGAGAAGCUUUAUGUACCUGUUAAGGAAUAUCCUGAUUUCAACUUUGUUGGAAGAAUCCUUGGACCCAGAGGUCUAACGGCAAAACAGUUGGAAGCAGAGACAGGAUGCAAGAUUAUGGUGCGAGGGAAAGGCUCAAUGAGGGACAAGAAGAAGGAGGAACAAAAUAGAGGCAAACCCAACUGGGAACACCUAAAUGAAGACUUGCAUGUAUUAAUCACUGUGGAAGAUGCUCAGAACAGAGCAGAAAUAAAGCUAAAGAGGGCAGUGGAGGAAGUUAAAAAGUUGCUUGUACCAGCGGCAGAAGGAGAAGAUAACCUUAAGAAGAUGCAGCUGAUGGAAUUAGCGAUACUGAACGGUACUUAUAGAGAUGCCAACAUCAAAUCACCAACAGCCCAAGCACCACGGAUCAUUACAGGGCCCACGUCGGUUCUACCACCAGCUGCCUUGAGAGCCCCGACACCAGCUGGUCCAACUAUUAUGCCUCUAAUUAGGCAAAUACAAACAGCAACAGUAAUGCCUAAUGGAUCGCCUCACCCAACUACGAUAGUGCCUCCUGCACCUGAAGCCAGUCUAAUCUAUACUCCUUACGACUAUCCUUACACACUGGCACCAGCUACUUCCAUCCUGGAGUAUCCCAUUGAGCCUAGUGGUGUAUUAGGUAUGGCUUUCCCAACGAAAGGCUAAGAAUUCAAGGACCAUGUUACUGAACCCUCAUCAGAUCUGAACUUUAACAAAUGCUUAGUUUCACAGCAGCCUUGGACAAAAUGGGCCCACCCUGACUGUCAGUGAAAUACUUGCACUGUGUAUGUGUGCACAUAUUUGGAAACCAGCUGGGUCAGUUAGUUAGAAUUCUGACCUAGUGUUCCUCCUAUCAUUUAGUUACAUCCAUCCCAGAGGAAUCACAUGUAAAGUAUUUCAUUGUCUGUUUGGUGUAGGGUUUAUCCAAUACUGUGUUUGCUUUACAAAUCACCUAAUUCUUUGCAAUUUGUAGCUCGCAGCUUCUGAGCUAAGUGUGCAUUUUGUAGGUCAAUUGCUGAAGAACUUUUAAAAUCUGUAGAGGUUUUAUUUUUUAAAAAUUUGAUCUCAGUAUUGAUUCAGUGUUAUGAUGAAUUAAAACUUGUUCGUCUGCAAUAAGCACUCCACUG